UAAGUGUAAUUCAGUUUUGUUGUACAGCUAUUGUUGUGUAUGCUGACAGGGCAGAACCAUUGCUGGGAAGAGGGAAUGUCUCAGUGAUUUAGGAGGUGACAGUGACUAUAGGACAGGUUUGACUUCUUCCGGAUGGUCUGGCAUGAACAAACAUCGUGUAGUACCAAAAUGAUCUGUGUUACUCAAAUACCCAAACCAAAACACUUAUUCACACCAAAAUUCACAAAACAAGCUGACUAAGACCAUAUUUUCGAUAAUUGAGAAGACACCUCAUUCUUUCCAAAGGAGCCGUGUGACGUUAGUGUUUCAACAGUUUUGAAGAAAAAGACAUGUGACAGGAUGUGCUUCUGAUUGGAGCAAUCGAACCAGUUUAAAGGGCAGGUCUGCAUGAGCGAAUGUGAGACUGCAGAAUCUCAGCCAAAGACAGAGGAUGACACUGGAAUGAACCUAGGAGCAGCGCAAAAUAUAUUUUGGAUCAAGAUGAAAAUAAUAGUAACAGUAGUUAUAUUACUCAUAUUACAUCUAUCAAACUGCUUUGCACAGUCAGGAGGAAACUUUCUAAUAUAUAAUGUGGAUUAUAACAAAUGCAUGACCAGCUCCCUGGAACGGCUUGCCAACUGUGACCCAUACAGUAACUCACAACAGUUUCGCUGGACUUCAAAGAAUCGCAUUUUGAACACGUUCACAAAGAAAUGCCUUGGAGUAGGAAGUAAAACAGUGGGCAAAAAACUGCAGUGGCUGAUUUGUGAAGAUGACAAUGUUCUGCAGAAGUGGGAAUGCCACAGUGAUACAUUGCUUGUCCUAAAGAACGAGUCUCUGUAUCUGGCUGUUAAUGAUAAUGGUGUGCCAGUGAUCUCAAAAGACACUGGAACGAAGAGCAAAUGGACAAUUCAAGGAAAAUUAAACAGCAUUUGCUCCAAGCCUUAUGAAGAAUUGUAUACCAUUGAUGGAAAUGCAUUUGGGCGCCCAUGUCAGUUUCCUUUUCUUUAUGAGAAAAAAUGGUAUGCAGAUUGUACCAAAACUGAUGAACACAAUCAACGUCUAUGGUGUUCUGUUGAGACAGACUACAGUGUUAAUCAGCUGUGGGGCUACUGCCCAACACGUGACAAUGCAUUCUGGGCCAAACAUCCUCUGACAAACGUCUAUUACCAAGUGAAUAGUAGGUCAGCCCUGACAUGGUACCAGGCUAGAAAGAGCUGCCAGCAGCAAGGUGGAGAGCUGCUGAGUGUCUCUGAACCUCACGAACACACCUUUGUAGCAGGAAUUGUUCAGACGACUCAAAGUGCACUAUGGACAGGACUGAAUAAAUUAGAUGUAACCAGUGGAUGGCAAUGGAGCAAUGGACAGCCGUUACGUUAUCUGAAAUGGCUCAGUGGAUACCCAACCACACAACCAGGCUACAGUUGUGGAGUCCUGAAAAAUGCUUUUGGUUCUGAAUGGUCAAAUGAACCUUGUUCUGAAAAACAUGGAUAUAUCUGCCAAAGAGGCCAUUCUGUUCCUACUCUUCCACCAGUGGUGGACACUGGCUUUUGCCAUAGCCCCUGGAUUCCAUAUUCAAGCAACUGUUAUCUCCUUCAUCGCACCAAGCAAACAUGGCUGGAGGCGCGAGACUCCUGUCUGCGGGAAGGAGGAGACCUGCUGAGUAUUCUUAGCAAAGAAGAGCAAAGCUUUGUCAUCACACAGCUUGGAUACUUGAAAACAGACGAGCUGUGGAUUGGUUUCAAUGACCGUAAAACACAGAUGCUGUUUGAGUGGAGUGACCAAUCUAGCAUUCCCUUUGCCUCAUGGGAGGUGAGUGAGCCGAGUCACAGUGCUGUCCAUGCAGAGGACUGCGUGUUGAUGAGAGGAGAGGAGGGAAAGUGGGCUGAUGAUAUUUGUGAAAAUAAGUAUGGAUUCAUCUGUAAGAAGGUGGCCAGCUCUAAAGCCUCGAAUAAUGAUACAGUUGUAACAAGCCCGGGAUGCAAAACAGGUUGGACCAGGUAUGGGUACUACUGCUACAGGGCAGGAUCCGAGACUAAGACCUUUGAAGAAGCAAAACAGAUGUGUGAAAAAGCUGAUUCUCAACUGGUAGAUAUUUCAUCCAGAGUAGAAAAUGCAUUCCUCGUUAGUGUAGUUGGAGCGCGACCAGAGAAGUACUUCUGGAUUGGGUUGUCUAAUCAGAAGGAUCUGCACACUUUUGAAUGGACCAACACUAAGCAAGUCUCAUUUACUCAUUUCAACGCUGGGAUGCCAGGAAGAAAACAAGGCUGUGUUGCCAUGACGACUGGAAUUGUUGCUGGGCUUUGGGAUGUGAUCAGCUGCUCAAAUAAGGAAAAAUACAUCUGCAAGCAGAAAGCUGAUGGACUAGUUACAACUUCGGCCCCACCAACCACACCUGCUUUAAGCUGUCCCGGAGACUGGAUGCAACUUGUGUCUAAAGAGUUUUGUGUCAAGUAUUUUAAUGUACCUAUGAGCCAAAUGAAGACUUGGGAUGAAGCUCUUGACUUCUGCCGAGAGCUUGGCGGUGAUCUCCUGAGCAUCCAUCAUGAGGCUGAUAUUCCUUGGAAACAAGGAGGAGUGUAUCCAGCAUGGAUUGGUUACAGAAUGUACGAUCCCUCUGUGGGUUUUGUUUGGAGUGAUGGUUCUUCGUCAUCCUAUCAAAGCUGGGCUAGUGAUGAACCAAACAAUUUGAACAACAUUGAAAAUUGCGUUGAAAUGAGAAUUUCAAUUUGGGACAAUGAUGGAGGGUGGAAUGACGUAAACUGUCAAGACAGAAAGGACUGGUACUGUCAAAUCCGAAAAGGAAAGAUACCAAAUGAAUUAAAUAUUACAGAUCCAGUUUAUAAUGAAACAGAGGAUGGCUGGAUUCAAUUCCAAGGUAGCCAGUACUAUGUGUCUCAGUACUCAUCACUUUCUAUGCACGACGCUCGGACAUUCUGUAAGAAAUCACAUGGCGAUCUUGUGGUUAUCAGUGAUGAGGAUGAGCGGGUGUUCAUUUGGCAUCAGGCUAAGGAUUCGCACAAUGAUUUUAUCAUUGGUUUGACAGUUGAUCUGGAUGGGACUUACCAGUGGAUGGAUGGGUCCCCUGUAGUAUUUCAAGCUUGGGAAGCAAAUCAGCCUGCUUUUAAAAACAGUGAGGAAAGAUGUGUGAAGAUAACCACAUCUCAAGGACUCUGGGAAACUAUUAACUGUGGUGAUGAAUAUAAUUUUGUUUGUAAGCGAAGUCAGUCACCUCCAGUGAACACCACAGUGGCCCCUACACAACAGCCAAAAGGAGGCUGUGCUCCUGAGUGGAAAAGCUUCAAAGGAAAAUGCUACAACAUGAAGGAAGACAUGAAAACAUGGACAGAAGCGAGAGGAUACUGCAGAGAGCUUGGUGGAGAUCUGGCAUCUAUUAUAAGUAGACAACAACAAGCCUUUUUAAGCACAAUGAUUAGAGAGAAAACCACAGACUUAUGGAUUGGAUUCAGCAAUUUGGCAAGCAUGAGGUUCAAGUGGACAGAUGGGAGUAAAGUUACAUUCACCGAGUGGGCCAAAGGAGAACCUCAAACCUAUUGGCAUUCAUACUAUUGGACAAAAUAUCACUAUUCGGAUGAACAGCAGGAAUGUGUUUUUAUGGGCAAGGGUUCAAGCUCUGACUUUGGCAAGUGGGUGGCAACUGACUGUAAUUCUACUCACGGUUUUAUCUGCAGUCGCGAUGUUGAUCCUGGUAUUGCCCCAGUGCCAACUGGAGUUCCUAAAACCUUUGUCAAGCUUGGAAAUUCAUCUUUCAAAGUGAUUCAAGAGAACCUAACGUGGAGUGACGCAAACCGUCGCUGUGAGGCAGAGGGGGCUCAUCUGGCCAGCAUUCGGGAUUUGAUAACACAAGCUUACCUUGAGUUGCAGGUCUAUAGGGCCAAACAGCCCAUGUGGAUCGGUCUCAGCAGUACACAGACAAAAGGAUAUUUUCUAUGGGCAAAUAACUGGCCAAUGAAUAUGGAGAAAUGGGCACCUUCUGAACCACGGCCCAACCGUCCUUGUGCAUACAUGGACAUAGAUGGAGAAUGGAAAACAACUCUCUGCAAUCAAACCUACUACAGUGUCUGUGAGCAAACAACAGACAUUCCCCCGGCAAUUCCAGCACAGCAUCCUGGGCACUGCCCACAAGAAGAUGAUGACAGUCCAGUGAGGUGGAUACCUUUCAAAGACAGCUGCUAUGCUUUUGUGAUGGACCAGAAAUCAUGGAGCAGAGCAGCUAGACUCUGUAUGACAUGGGGAGCAUCUCUUGUCAGCAUUAGGGAUAUAGAGGAACAGAAGUUUAUAGAGAACAACCUCAUGCUCAUUGAAAGUUACAAAGACUUUUGGAUUGGACUUUUCCACACCCAGAAAGGACACUGGUUAUGGUCAGACAAUACCGUGGUGGAUUACACUAACUGGGCAACUGUGAAUGAUUAUGAAGAUGACGAUCAAGAGCAUUCUUGGAAUCCUGACUGUGCAUUAAUCUCUUCCAAAACUAAAAAAUGGAAAAAACAACAUUGUGAUUACUCUGCCUUAUCAUUUAUCUGCAAAACCGCCAAAGUAAUAAGUCCAACCACUAAGGCCCCACAAGAAGGUCCUGAGCCUCACAAGGUCAAUACGGGUUUGGCUGUGUUCUUGAGUAUUGCAGUGAUCAGCAUAUUGGGAGCUCUGGCUUUCAUGUACUACAGAAGUUCAAAAAGACAGUUAUUGCCUACAUUUGAAAAUCCCAUGUAUAAUAACAGAGAUGCUGCUUAUUCAGAUAGUAAAGAUAACAAAACAUUGAUUGGCAACAUUGAGAUCGCUGAAUAGAACUGUGUUUUAUAAUGUCCCAUUACUUGUAUGUAAGAGACGGUCAGCCGAUUAUUAUCAUGAAAUAAAAAACAAUGACAGGGCUCAUCAGGUUUAUUUUGCGAUAAUGGCUGUAUGUUAUUCUGUUUACUACAUGGCUACUCACCAAAUAACUAUUAAUUUGGGUAGAAAAUAUUUUAUGUUAGAAGAAAUGUAGCAAUGUUGAAACCAGUUGUCAAUUACACAGUUCAGCACUCAUUAUGCCAAAAAUGUGCGCCGCUUCAGAAUGGUGCAAAUGACCAGUCAGAAUCAAAUAUUCCAAAGAAUCAUCUGGAAUCAGUGGGUUUAAUAUGGCAUUGCCACUUUUUUUGGAAGGGGUUUUCAGACUGUCUUUGAGUUUUUUAAGUUUUUGAAUAAGCUGAAUAAGAAUUGGCUCUAAAUAAAUAGUUACACUUUGAUAUAUCUGUUUUUGAGCAAACCACCAAUUACACACCAACUGUGCAGUGCAGUUUAAGCAUGGAAAAAUUGUCAUUUUUUGGAGUGCAGUGCCAAAAAAUAGGAUAAGAUGACGUGUAAAGGUUAGCUGACAUAGCAGCAUUUGGAGUAUGAGGACAGUGUUGGAACCAAAUUUAGCUUUUCCAUUUUUAGUUUCAGAAAAUGUUAUGCUCUCUUUGAAUUCAGUGGCAAUUUCAACCAUUAGGAAAUUGUAGUUUUUCCUGAAACACAUUCAAAUAUAGAAGUGUUAAAUUCACUUUUUUCCAGAACUGUACUUAUUUUAUAUUUAUACUGAAUCUGUGCUCAAAAAAAUCCUUCAUAAUAUUGGUAACACUUUACAGUAUGGUUCGUAUUAGUCAACAUUAAUGCAGUAACUAACAGUAAGCAAUACAUUUCUUUCAGUAUUUAUUAUUAAUAUUCAUUCAUUUUAGGUAAUAAAAAUACAAUUGUU